UGUGAGAAGCCCACACCCCUCUCCCUGCGCAGAGAGUGGUACAUUCCAACUCGCUCUGGGCUCUGUUGUUGUGCAGAGCUGCAGAAGGCCUGAUAGAGCCAGCUAGACAGAGAGAGAGGGGGAGAGAGAGAGAGAGAGGGAGAGAGACAGACACACCGGAUCGAGUGUGAGAGCCUGUGUGUUCAUUUCAUCCCCCAGUUCAACCAGCAACACCAGAAACGAGGGAGACAAAAGGAGGACAGCAAAAAAGAGGACCCGCGCUGAAAACAGGGAAAGUGAAAGAGAGGCAGAGAGAAGGUGAGGGGAGACAAGGAAGAAAGGAAGGAAAGGGAGAGAGGAAGGAAGGAAGGAAGGAAGGAGGUUGGGGCUUGAGGAGGGGCGCCUGACUGACAUUGCUGGUCUCGGCGUCGGCUCACGCGCACGCACGCACACAGACACACACACACACACACAGACACACUCGCAGCCAGAUUGUGCACAGCUGCUGCUCUUUUUUAUCCUCCAUCCUUUCUUCUCCUCUGAGCGAGAGGACGAAGGAGAGAAAGAAAGAGGAGGAAGAGGGGAAGAGGAGCAGGAGAGGAGGAGGAGGAGGAAGAGGAGGAGGAGGGGAGGCAGCAACCCCCUCCCCUCCCUUACUCAGACACGCGGCAGAGAGAGGAGAGAGAGUGAGGAGAGAGAGGGGAAGAGAAGACAAGAGAGAGAGAGAAAGCAGCGUUUGGUGCUGUCGUUCCUUUGCCGUGUCCCCGUGGUCCCUCGGCCAGCGAGCGGCUAACAGGCACCGCUCAUGUCCGUGAACUCGGAGAAAUCCUCGUCCCCCGAAAGGCCUGAGACCCAGCAGAAAGCCCCGGUGAGCGCCCCUCCUCCCCCACCGCCCCCUCCGCCUCCCCCUGAGCCGGCAGGGCCCCCGGAGCCGGAGGAGGAGAUCCUGGGCUCCGACGAUGAGGAGCAGGAGGACCCCGCGGACUACUGCAAAGGAGGGUACCAUCCGGUGAAGAUAGGGGAUCUGUUCAAUGGGAGGUACCAUGUGAUCAGGAAGUUGGGGUGGGGCCACUUCUCCACCGUAUGGCUAUGCUGGGACAUACAGGUGAAGAACUUUGUGGCAAUGAAGGUGGUGAAGAGCGCCCAGCACUACACAGAGACGGCCCUGGAUGAGAUCAAACUGCUGCGAUGUGUGAGAGAGAGCGACCCCACUGACCCCAACAAGGACAUGGUGGUUCAGCUCAUAGACGACUUCAAGAUCUCUGGAGUCAAUGGAAUACAUGUGUGCAUGGUGUUUGAGGUACUGGGUCACCACCUGCUGAAGUGGAUCAUCAAGUCCAACUAUCAAGGCCUGCCACUCCCAUGUGUCAAGAGCAUUAUCAGACAGGUCUUGCAGGGCCUGGACUACCUCCACAGUAAGUGUAAGAUCAUCCACACGGACAUCAAGCCGGAGAACAUCCUGAUGUGUGUGGAUGAUGCCUUUGUUAGGCGCAUGGCAGUAGAGGCGACUGAGUGGCAGAAGGCAGGUGCACCGCCACCCUCCGGAUCUGCAGUCAGCACAGCCCCCCAGCUCAAACCGGUGAGUACAGCAGAUGUGGGGAAGAUCUCCAAGAACAAGAAAAAGAAGCUGAAGAAGAAGCAGAAGCGGCAGGCGGAGCUCCUGGAGAGGCGGAUGCUGGAGAUCGAGGCCCUGGAGAGAGAAGCUGAGAGGCGGGAGGAGAGAGCCAAUGAGGAGGGCGAGGAGUACGAGGAGGGAGGACGCAAACACAACCCGGGCCCUGUGUCGCCAGCGCCCCCACCGGGCCCCACAAUGGCCCUGGGAGAGAGUGAUGAGGAAGACGAGGAUGAGGAGGAUGGGGAGGAUGAGGAGGAAGAGGGGGGAGAAAGGGAGAGGCCUACUAGACUGACCAAUCACACAUGUGCCGCGCCUCCCCAGGAGCAAAGUGAGGCACCCGGUAUCACUGGAGACGACCUUGAUGAGGAAGUGGAAGAAGAUGAGCCCACACCCGUCGCCGAGAAAGACCCACCCAUUCCCCCCACCUCUGAGGAAGGCAGUGGAGAUGCAACACAAGCAGAGGCGGAGGAAGAGGAGGAGGAAGAGGAGGAGGAAGGAGUGAAAGAUGUACAGGAUGACAAUGAGGAAGAGGAAGCAGAAGAGAAGGAGGAGGAGGAGGAGGAGGAGGAGGAUGGAGAAGAGGAGGAGGAGAAAGAGACUGAAAGAGAGAAUGACAUAAAGGAGCCAAAGAGUGGGAGCAAAGUGGAAGAAGAGGCGGUGGAGGAAGAGGAAGACGAGUCGAAGGAGCAAGAGGGCGAGGAGGAUGAGGAGGAGGAUGAGGAGGAGGGUGACGACGAGGACGAGGAAGAGGAUGAGGAUGAUGAUACGACCGCAGACCCGCUGACGGACAACACCUCCCCCAUUAAGCUCCACAACAACAACAACAACUCAGCCAAAACCAACGGCCACGUCCUGUCGGGCUCUGAGGGAUUGAAAUUGAACCCCCGGAUGCCCCCAACCCCCUCGCCCACCCCCGGCCCACUCCUGUGCCCCCUGGUGGAGUCUGAACUCAGCUACACGGACAGGGACAACUCUCUCAGCUCCGGUUAUGAGAUGUAUAAUGGUGAGCUGGGUGAACCGGGGCUGACCAACGGCUCAAAUGAGCGCCACCGGGGCACGGCGCCCCGCUUCCCUGACUUGCCCCUGGAUCCCGAGCCAGGAAACCCCAUACCAGUUGGGACAGCAGACAUCGGGGCAGGGCCGCUGCCUAACGACCCUGCUGCGGACCGCAGUCGCACUGUGUCGUCCUCCAGCACAGGAGACACACCCAAAGUCAGGGCCAGAGCUGCAGACCUCCUGGUUAAUCCACUAGACCCCCGCAAUGCUGACACUAUCCGAGUUAAAAUUGCUGAUCUGGGCAACGCCUGCUGGGUGCACAAGCACUUCACAGAGGACAUCCAGACAAGGCAGUACCGCUCCAUUGAGGUCCUGAUAGGAGCAGGUUACAGCACUCCAGCUGACAUCUGGAGCACCGCCUGCAUGGCGUUUGAGCUGGCUACUGGAGACUACCUUUUUGAGCCCCACUCUGGAGAGGACUACUCCCGUGAUGAGGACCACAUCGCUCUGAUCAUGGAGCUCCUUGGGAAGGUCCCACGCAAAGUGGUUGCUGCCGGGAAGUACAGCCGAGAGUUUUUCUCCAAGAAAGGCGAGCUGCGGCACAUCACCAAGCUGAAGCCCUGGUCUCUGUUUGACGUGCUGGUGGAGAAGUACGGCUGGUCGCAUGAGGAUGCCGGCCACUUCACCCACUUCCUUCUGCCCAUGCUGGAGAUGGUGCCCGAGAAGAGGGCCUCAGCCGGCGACUGCCUAAAUCACCCCUGGCUCAACUCAUAGCCACACUCUCUGAUCAGAUCCCCACCCUCCACCCUCAUCCUUCAACAACUAGCCUAAACAUUUCCCCCUGGUGGCGGCCUGUGCAAUGACAGAGAGGAGAGAUGCUGGAAAUGAAGAAACACGAGGAGAUGAGAGACGAAUAGGGUUUUAUCGUAUUCUUUCCAGCCCUAUCCCACACAUGCACACAUAUCUGAGUGAGCUUAAGUCCCACACACGACACCUCCAUCUUUUCCCGAAAGCAGCAUGAAGAUGACAGACUCAACAGUGUGGAGGUAAGAUGAGACAGGAGCCAAUGCCAAGACUGUGCAUUCCAAGAUGUCUCCCAUUGCAGAGCACUACCUAAAAAACAAAACAGUCAACAAAACAAUUUGAGGAUGGACACUGCUCACACUGUGAAAUGGAGACAUCAGGUCUCGUCUGAUGUCUGAAAGAGAUUUGCUUUCGUCUGUUCUUCUGGCGUCAAGAUUUCAGUCUGCCCCAUCUGUCUACUCAUUCUGUUUUACCUCAUUUGGAUCCAGUCAUGGGCCACAGGCUUAGCUGCUGAUCUUUUCACUGAUGAGAGAGGAAAGUCAAUGAGCAGCCCCGCUGCAAUGCUGACAGCCCAGAGCUCCAUCUGCCAUGACCUUAACUUAGCCAGGGCCCCAAAGACAAAGAAUGUGUGUGUGAGAUAAACAGUGUGUAUGUGCCUGUACUUCUGCACAGUCAAACUAUUCGACAUCUGUUAACAUCGACCCUUCCACUCUCUCUAUGCGUCUCUUCUCCACUCUUUCCAGCCCAGUUGUUGCACCUCCACUCCCUCCCUCACUCACUCACCCUCCUGGAUGAAGCCCCCACCCCUGACUAAAGCAGUACUGCUGAACAGUUUACACCCCCAGCACCCAGUAUCUCACAAUACUGGCAGUCCAAAAAGCCCCUCUGACCUGUUUGGUUCCCCACUGUCCAGACCCCAACAAGCUGCAUGCCCUGCCCCAGGCCACCACAGAGACACAGAGGGCUGCCAGCCCUCUAGGGGGCACCACAGGGACACAAAGACAGGCAGACAAAGCACGGGAUGUGUAAGAAACAACGAAAAAAUGUAACAUUGAAGCCAAGCCCGACAGCUUGGUCUUUAAAGAGUUUCUCUGUCAUCAAACAGUGAUUUUUAACAAAAAGCAUGGAGAGACUGAUCAAUCGGCAUGAACGGAUAUAACAAAUGGACAACGGAUGCGUGUUUCAGUUGUGCAUUUCAUUGAUUUCGUUUGUUUCUUUUUCUGUGUUCAUCCCUUUUGGAUGUUUUGUUUGAAAGACGAGAGAGUUAUUUUACAACAUUUCCCUGUCUGAGGAGGACUUUACAGCUGCCCUUACCUCCAGCUUUGACGUUUCCCAUGAUUCCUGACUUUUAUUCUCGUUCCAAACCAAGUCCUGAGUCCUGCUGUGGCAAGUUUACCAGAUCUGAUUGGAAUUACCCCCCUCCACCCAUCACCCCCUCUUUUUUUCCUACAGAGGACCCCUCGAUCCUUAAGCUUCUCCAGAAAAGGGGAUGGUCAAAUGAUGGAGGUUGCACUUGUCUUUGUAGAUGUCCUUCAGGGAUUUGAAACCUUUGUACAUAGAACUGAGAUCUGGCAACACAGACACACGACCGUGGACAGAGAUUCAAUACACAAGCAUCAUUCCGAUACAGAGGCUGUUGUUGGCAGGACUUGACCUCCUCUAACAAAGUGGGGCUGUAAUGGCUCAGGCCCGGAGGAAGGUUUCAACUGAACUGUGCCACCUGGUGGCUGAAUGAGAGUACUGCAUCGCCGCACACUGCUGCUGCUCUCAGUGCCAACGCUCCAAGACGUUCCACUAUAUCUCUCCACUUAUCUCUAUUUCUCUGUCACAAACACAAACUCGCAUCAUCACAAUUAGUCCAGUUGCCUAUUUUUCGCAAUAAAUGAAAAAAAGAUGAGUAUAAGUAAAUGGUGAGAUAUUUUUAAAAACUAUUUAAUUCAUUUAAAAAAAAAAGAGAGGAAAAAAAAGAAAACAAUUUUUCUCUGGUUGUUGUGACCGUGACCGAAUCUCGUCUUAUAUUGAGGUGAUUGUGUUUGUCUGUUAGAGAUGUUUUUAUUUCUUUUGUAAUUAUAUUAUUAUUAUUAUUGUUAUUAUUAUUCUUCAGAUUAGUUCUUUUUUUUUUUUACACAGUUGUCACCUCGCCCCUCCCUCCUUACAUAAACAGUGCUGCUCUAUCUGGGCUCUUGAUGGUGAUGAAAAAUGAUCAAACAGUUUUGCAAUAAAGAGUAUGUAAUGAUGAAUUUUUUUGCACCAAAAGCUCCUGAUCUCACUCUCAGCCAUGCUGACUGUUCUUCCUUAUGACAUUGACAGAAUCGCGUCUCUUGUCCGUGUUUUUCAUUGACAGAUUUAAUAAAAUUGUAAAUUAAUGGA